CAGGCGAUUCGUCGCGUUAUAAGUGUUCACCGAGCGUGACUGGAGGCAGCAUUCGUGCGAACGUACCAGACAGACCGAAGAACCGUCGUCAGCAACGGCUAAUCAACGACGCAGCAACUGUCGUCGAGCUUAUACAGAUUCUCAGUGCACCGUGAUUAACUUUGCGAUAGAGUAUGGCGGCAGCAGCAACGCAAAUGCCUCAUUUGGUGUCUCUGGAUCGCGUGAUGGGAUUACCUGUGAUCGAACUGGCACUCACCAAAUCCGCGGAGACUUAUUCCAGGGUAAAAAACUUCCAUCGCCUGAUGUACGGGGCGUUUACCACCGUUGAGAUAUCUUUGAAUACCGCAACGAAGCUAGCGAUGCCCAUUGCCAAGCCGAUCGCGACAAGACUUGAAAACCAGAUACAUUAUGUCGAUGAUAAACUGUGUCGUGGUCUUGACAAAAUUGAGGAGAAAGUGCCGCUAGUAAAGGAAAAGCCUGAGCAGAUUGUUCAGGACACAUACGUGCUCGUUCUUCAAACUAUUACACCGGCGGUAAUGGGCGUCUUACAUAUAAACCACCUAAUUGUGGAACAAGCGGAGAUUGUACGGGACGUCACCUGGAAGAAAACUAAUCAAAUACUAAAUACGUAUUAUGGCAACACGGCGGUGAACGGCAUAGUCAACACGGGUGUUCUCAUUGAUAAUCUGCUUGACGAGUAUUUCCCUCCUAUCGAUGGAGAAGAAAUGUUAGACUAUUGCAAGAGUAACGUAUCGCAAACGGACAUAAAAACAGCAGAAGAGGAUAAACUGUUGCAAGUUUUGCAAACGAUUGGUUGCCUGACCACUAAAGCUACCAAACGUAUAUACUCGUACGUGACACAUCACUUCGGCGUCGUUAAAAAGGAGUACUUGGUGCCUUACAUCAGCCAGUUAGUCGAGUUUCUUUGUAUCACGCGAAGUCUUCACGAAGCUAAUGAGAAACAUAAAGAAAAAUGUAAGUCCGAAGAAGAGAAUGAUCUGAGAAACGAAGAGAAAAAGACAAACUGAAAAGGCCUACCGCAUGCGAAUUUACUCGUCUAAAUUUUCCCGAUGUAUAGUUUUUAUUUAUUUUUAAUGUUCAUACGUUAAUCGUUUCAUGAUAUUAUAUUGUUAGGAGUUAAAUUAACGCGAUUUCGCGCGGUACUUACAGAUUCUUCGCGGCUGCGAAGGAAAUUGAGCUGUGAAAAACACGCGCAACAUUUAAAAUUUCACGUUAUUAAUAGCAAUGCAACAUUGACAUUAUUGGAAUCAAGGCUAUCGCAAGCCGAUGUACAAAUUGAAUACCGCACAUGGGCGUCGUGUGCAAAGGGAGUUGCUCCUCUAGUUACAAGGUUCACAGAAAUGAAAAAUAUACAAAUUAUAAUACGUUAAGUAUAUAUAAUUUGUUAAAUACACAAUAUAUAUAUGCAGUAUUCUACGGAAUUCGAUCUACUCUUUAAAAAUGCCAAUUUUUUCAAAUAUUGUGCUAUAAUAAGAUUUCAUCCUGAGGUGUCUUGUACGCUAGCGGUGGCUUCAGUUUAUGUUAUUGUCUGUGUUGGUAUUUAUUACUACAUGCAAAUUUAGCCAAAAAACAAUAGUAAAACAUAUGAACAUAUAAGAUGUGAAAUUUUAGAUAAGUCUUAUGUGCUUUACGUUUUAGUACUGGUUACGCAUUAACGUAUUUAGAAUAUAUUAAGGGAUAUUAACCCAGAUUACGACAUAUUGUUGCAAUGAAAUAAAACAAUCAAUAAAAGAAGUUCUUUUUUCUCUUCAUUCUUUCUUUCUUUAAAGAUAGAUAUAGAAACAGCCGAGA